AUGGACAAUUGUUUUAUAGAUAUCACAAUAGAGUUUCUGGGAGUAGCUUUUCACAACAUUUUGUACUACAUGUCUGUGUAUCCUUAUUACAUAUUUGAAACUAGAAGAAAGUAUAGUGUGGUAGUUUACCGUUCCAUUCAUCUAGAAGUAAACGAAUAUAUUGAUUUGUGUUUAAAGAGUGCGGCAAACUGUUUAAGAAACGGGGAGUUACAGCGCAUAGAAUUCCUUAUAACCACGAGCUCGUAUGACGCUCUUCUUAAAUUCGUCUUUGAUAUAAAUAAAAUUGAUGAAUAUGAUCAGACCAAUGAUGCUUACUUGGUUCAGGCCGAACAAAACAUGCGAGGGUUCUGUUUGUAUUUAACAACAUUGUGUGACAAGUUUAAGGGUUUACCUGAAGAUAAAAGUUUUAUGAUAUUAUUACAUACCAAUGAGUCUUCUGCAGUGGCUAUGACAACAAACCCAAAUUCAGAAGAAUUUCCUUUUGUUGAAACAGAAGAGAACACCCAGUUUGAUAAAAUUAUACCUAUAAGAAGAGUUUGUGUCCAAAAUUAUAAUUUAGAAAUGUUUGUGGAAGUUAAGUGA